UUCAUAAACUUCAACCAAGAUUUAUUCAAUAUGCAUCUUUUAAUGGCAUACAAGAUUUAAAUGAAGUACAUAAACCAGAUCUUACCUCUCUUUCUUAUAAUAAAAUUGGUAAUCAAAUUUUUAAACAUAGAGGUGUUAUAAAAGAUGUAGCAACUAGAUUUCAUAAAAGUUGUGCUUUAACUAAUAAGUCUUUUGUAUCAUUAGUUAAAAUGUUUAAAGCAAUUUAUGAAGAUUCUAAUAAUUAUCUUAUAUGGCCAAAAGUUUUAAUUGUGAAUAAAGGCAUUGAAUAUCUAGCUGUAAAAAAAGCUUUAAAAGAUUCAGUUUUAUAUUUACUUGAAUUCAGAGAAUUAGAAUUUGGCAAAAGACACAUUACUGAUAUGAAUUGGUCUUCAAAGGUUUAUCACAUUAAAGAAUUAUUAAUACAAAAAAAUCAACUAGUGUUAUACUGGCUUAUAGAUGAAAAUAGAAAUGGUCCUGAAAAAACAUUUGUGAGAGAACAAUUGAUAAAAGUUGGUAAAGUUGUGUAUCCACCUAAAUGA